GUACUUUCGAGCGGUGGGGUAGGAUUUGGAAUUAAACGCGAAAUAUUCUUUUUAAACUUGGAAGACGGUUAUUUCGGAUGUCAAGUAAACGAAUCAACGGACGUCCUACAACUGUACGAGCUGUCUAAAUUAUGUGAUGGAGCGCCGGACUGCUUCAUGGGAUCGGACGAGUUACGAAAGGAACUGAAAUGCACCGAUGACUGUGGCAAAGAGGAAAGCGUGAAGUGUCAGAAUGGAGCCUGCCUGGACUCGCAGUGCCAUUGCAACGAUGGGUUUGGCGGGUGCGGCUGUGAGGUUCCAGAUGAAAAUGAGUGCAAGUAUAGACCUUGCGACGUUUUCGCCCACUGCACCAACACUCUGGGCAGCUUUCACUGCACAUGCUUCCCCGGCUACGCCGGUGAUGGCUUCAGCUGCGAAGACAUCAAUGAGUGUGAUGACCCUGCAGUGGCUGCUAGAUGUGUUGCAAAUGCUGAGUGCUGUAACCUACCUGCACACUUCUUAUGCAAGUGUAAUCCUGGGUUUGAAGGUGAUGGAGAAGUGGAAUGUCGAGAUAUCAACGAAUGUGAACAUCCAAAUGCAUGCGGAAUAAAUGCAAAAUGUGAGAAUAUUCCUGGAAAUUACACAUGCAGCUGCUCAGAAGGGUUCAUUGGAAAUCCCUUUGACGGGUGUGUGGACCAAGACGAAUGUGAAGAUCAGCAUACAUGUGGGCCUGGUGCCCUCUGUACGAACGUCCCAGGUGGACACAGGUGUGAAUGCCCAGCUGGAUUUGAUGGUGAUCCAUAUACCACAGGUUGUGAAGAUGCUGAUGAAUGUGCACGCAGUCCAUGUGGAAGGGAUGCUCUCUGUAAUAACAUGCCUGGAAGCUUCAGAUGUGCAUGUCCACCUGGGCACACUGGAGACCCAUUACAUGAAUGCAUAGACUUUAAUGAGUGUGAGAAAGCCAAUGGUACAAGCCCAUGUGGAGGGAAUGCAGAAUGUGUGAACACGCCUGGUAGCUUUAGAUGCGAGUGUCCAGCAGGCUACACGGGGCUGCCCAAGCAAGAGUGUCUUGACAUAAAUGAAUGUGGCCGUUCCAACACUUGUGGCAUCAACUCCAAAUGUAUCAACAUUCCAGGAUCAUUCAAGUGUCUGUGUCCACAAGGAUUCAGUGGAGAUGGGCGUUUGUUUUGUGAAAAUGUAAAUGAAUGUGAUGACAAUCCAUGUAGUGAAAACGCCUUGUGUACAGAUACUGUUGGAAGUUUUUUCUGUACAUGUAAAGAAGGCUUCACUGGUGACCCAUUCAGAGGAUGUGUUGAUAUCAAUGAGUGUGUAGCUUUGGAAAAGCCAUGUGGAACAAAUGCGCUCUGUGAAAACUCAUCUCCAGGCUACAACUGCGUCUGUUCCCAAGGGUACACAGGCAAACCAAAUCCAAGUGUUGCUUGUGAACAGGUGGAUGUAAACAUCCUGUGUAAAACUAAUUUUGACUGUGUGAACAAUGCAGAAUGUAUAGAAGGGCAAUGUUUCUGUCAAGAUGGCUUCUUAGCCCAAGGAUCUAUCUGUGUGGAUGUAGAUGAAUGCCAGAAUCAGCCAUGUGGUCCCUUAGCAGUUUGUACCAACACACCUGGAAGUUUCCAUUGUGAAUGUGAACAGGGCUAUGUGGGUGCACCACCAAGGAUGAAAUGUAAAGCUCCCUGUGAUGACGUGAAAUGUGGACCUCAUGCUUUCUGCAAGCCUGAAGGUCAAGAAGCAUACUGUAUUUGUGAAGAUGGAUGGACGUUCAACCCAAAUGAUGUUGCUGCUGGUUGUAUAGAUAUCGACGAAUGUGAUAAGCGCAAUGGGCCAUCAGGUCGUUGUGGUACAAAUGCUGAAUGCACAAACACUCCUGGUGGCUUUGGGUGUCAGUGCAAGCCUGGAUUUUCAGGAAACGCCUACAAACAAUGUCUAGAUAUCAACGAGUGUAGCCGUAAUGACGCAUGUGGUGCGGGAGCCCUCUGUCAAAACUUACCAGGUUCAUACAAGUGUGAAUGUCCAGAAGGCUCUAUCCCAGACCCUGACCCACAAACGAAAUGCGUUGGAGUGGUUACACUUUCUGAAGACAAAGACUGCCCAGGAAAUGCAGUCUGUGAUAGUCAUAAACGUUGUCUCUGCCCAGAACCCAAUGUUGGAAAUGAAUGUAGACAUCCAUGUGAAACUGUAUUCUGUGGUCCAAAUGCACAGUGCAUGCUAAUAAACAAUGAAGCAAAGUGUUUGUGUAGCACUGGAUAUACAGGCACACCUGAUGGAAUUGGUGGUGGCUGUGUGGAUAUAGAUGAAUGUGGGGCUAAUCCAUGUACACCUGGAGCAAUAUGUAACAAUGAACCUGGCGGUUUCUCCUGUGAGUGUCCUGGUGGUACCAGUGGUGAUGCCUAUCGAACAGGCUGCACAAAGGAACUACCAUUCAGUUGCUCAAAAGACAAACCUUGUCCUGGGUCAGAGCAAUGUGUGCGAGAUGAGUUUGUUGGUAGCAGCGUUUGUAUCUGUCAACGUGGCUACACACGGGAUCCUGAGACUGCAAAAUGUAGGGACAUUAAUGAAUGUUUAGAACUCAGAGAUAAACCUGCCUGUGGGCUGAAUGCUGUAUGCAGAAACCUUCCUGGCAGUUAUGAAUGCCAAUGUCCACCUGGAUUCAAUGGAAACCCAUUUGCUCUCUGUGAAGAAUGCAAUACUCUGGAAUGCCAGUGUCAAGCACCAUACCAAAUUGUCAAUGGCAACUGUGUCCUUGCGGGAUGUUCAAAGGGAGAGCCUUGUCCUGCAGGAGCAGAAUGCAUUACAAUAGCUGGUGGAGUCAGUUACUGUGCUUGCCCAAAAGGAUACAGGAUAAAACAUGAUGGGUCUUGUGAAGAUAUUAAUGAAUGUGAAGAAGGACGACAAGUGUGUGGUUAUGGUGCUGAGUGUGUUAACCGACCUGGAUCACAUGAAUGUGUCUGCCCGCGAGGCUACACAGGAGACCCAUACAACAGCGUGUGCUCACCUAGUCGUGUCAAAUGCGUCAAUAAUGGUGAUUGCUCUCCUAAUGAGAAAUGUGUACAGCCAGGGGAAUGUGUCUGCCCACCACCCUUCUUUACUGAUCCAUUGGAUGGCAACAAAUGCAAAAGUCCAUGUGAAAGAUUUCCAUGUGGUGUCAAUGCGAAGUGCACUCCGAGUGAUCCCCCCAAGUGUAUGUGCCAGACUGGUUACAAAGGAGAUCCACUCCAUGGCUGUGUGGAUAUAGAUGAAUGUAUAGACAACCCAUGUGCAUAUGGAGCUCAUUGUCUCAAUGAGAAAGGAGGCUACAAAUGUGUAUGUGCCCGAGGAAUGACAGGAGAUCCUUACAGGGCAGGAUGUAUUGGUUCAGUUGCUCCUAAAGGAGAAUGUACUACAAAUGAACAAUGUGCUGACCAGUUAGCAUGUAUAGAAGGGACAUGUAUUAACCCCUGUAGCAAAUUGCCCUGUGGAGCUAAUGCCUAUUGUGAACCAGAGAAUCAUGCUGCUUGGUGUCGUUGUACUGUUGGUUUUAAGGAAGGUGCUAAUGGAGAGUGUGUAUCUGUGUGUGAUGGUCUGUAUUGUGGGCAAGGUGCUCAAUGUAUAGCAACUUCUGGUGGUCCCACUUGUGCUUGUGUAGAAGGUUUUAUUGGCAAUCCAUUCCCUGGUGGGCUGUGUGUCCCAGACAUUUGUUCAUCCAGCAAUCCAUGUGUUGAGCCUAGCGUAUGCAUUGGAGGCCGUUGCAAGGAACGCUGCGAAGGAGUAGUUUGUGGUGUUGGAGCUACCUGUGAUAAGAACACAAAUAAAUGUGUUUGUGAUCCAUUCUUCAUUGGCAACCCAGACCUUAUUUGCAUGCCUCCUGUGAUUGCUCCUGUAUGUUCACCUGCUUGUGGAAUAAAUGCCCAUUGUCAAUAUGGUGUGAUCAAUCAGUGUGUGUGUAAUGUUGGAACAAGCGGUAACCCAUAUGAAGGAUGUGGACCUCAUGAGAAGAUAUCAUGCUCAACUAUAGCAUGUGGUGUUGGAGCAGAAUGUAGAGAAAGUAUCAACAAUGUUGAAUGUGUCUGUCCACAAGGUUUUGCAGGAAAUCCAUAUGUACAGUGCCAAGAUGUGGAUGAGUGUAGUGGCACUGCAUGUGGAAUCAAUGCCGUGUGCAUCAAUACACCUGGAAGCUAUGAUUGUCGCUGCAAGGAAGGAUUUGUUGGAAAUCCAUUUUCAGUAUGCCAAAUUGUUGAAGAGGGUAGCUGUGAUGAUCCAGCAACUUGCAAGUGUAGUAAGGAUGUGCCAUGUCCUGCAGGGUACUCUUGUGAAAGGGGUCACUGCAAAGACCUGUGUGACAAUGUGAAGUGUGGUCCUCGGGCAGUCUGUGAUGCUGGAAAGUGUAUGUGCCCUCCUGGCUUCAUUGGAGAUCCAAGUGAUCAGAAGUCAGGUUGCAAAUUAAGGGGCCAGUGUCAAAAUGACUUUGAUUGUACUGCAACAGAAAUUUGUUUCCAGCUCGGGAAAGGAGUCAGGAAAUGUGUAGAUGCUUGUAGCAAGAUUCAGUGUGGGCCAAAUGCUCUCUGUGUGGCUGACAACCAUCGUUCCUCAUGCAUUUGUGCUGAUGGAUACACAGGCAAUCCAGGUGACCUAUUCAUAGGUUGCCAACCAGACAGAGGAGCCCCUAAAGCUGAAUGUGACACAGACAGUGACUGUGCAAAAGGCCUGACAUGUGCCAUUACUCCUGAUGGUCUGCAUGCAUGCUUGAAUCCUUGUUCUAAUGUUGCUUGCUCACAAAAUGAGGUCUGUCAUCUUGAUCAAUUUGGACACCCAGCUUGUAACUGUCUGGAUGGAUUUGUGUGGAACCCUGUAAGCUCAGCUUGUGAGAAACCUUCUCUCCCUGAUUGUACUGCCAAUACAGACUGUCCACAAACAUCUGCAUGUCGACCUGAUGCUUUGGGUGUUCUCAAAUGUGUGUCUAUCUGUUCUGAGUUCACCUGUCCAGCGAAUGCCAUCUGUGUGGCGGUGGGACAUCAGGGUCAGUGCCAGUGUUUACCUAGCUAUACAGGAAAUCCUAACGAUCGCAACGGAUGCAAACCUGCUUUGAAGAACCAAUGUACCACAGAUGCACAAUGUCCUGAAUCUGAUAUUUGCAGAUCUGAUGGAGAAACCGGAAUUUUAGUUUGUAAGCCUGCCUGUGACUCUUUGAGAUGCGGCCCACAUGCUGUUUGUCUUGCCAAUAACCAUGUUGCACAGUGCCAGUGUCCCCCAGGACCCUAUGCUGGUGACCCAAAUGACCCAGCAUCAGGCUGUAAAACUGUGCCGUGCGUCUAUAAUAUUGACUGUCCACCUUCACAGCUCUGCAACAGGUUAACUCAUACGUGCUAUGAUGUUUGUGAGGAAGAGUCAUGUGGGCACAAUGCUGUGUGCAUUGCGGAAGAUCAUCGUGCUGUCUGUCAGUGCCCUCCAGGUUUUCGAGCCAAUCCAUUGCCGGAGGUGGAAUGCACUCCUACUGAAGUAUGUAGUCCAAAUCCAUGUCAUCCAUCUGCUAUUUGUGAAGGAUCACCUUCAGGUCACACAUGUCGCUGUCCCCUUGGACAUGUUGGAGAUCCUUUCACAUCUGGUUGUCGCCCAGAAGGUGACUGUCCAAGUGGAGAUUCUGACUGCCCACCUCAAUCAAUUUGUGUGGCUGGUAGAUGCAUCAAUCCAUGUGAUGGUGCUUGUGGACCGAAUGCAAUCUGCAAUGUUGUAAAUAGAAAACCAGUUUGUACGUGUCCACCGAAGUUUGAAACUGGACCAUCAGGACCAGCCGGGGGUUGCUUAAGGACAGCAGUCGCUUGUCAAAAUGAUGCAGACUGCCAAGGGACUAUCUGUCACAAUGGACAGUGCAAAGUUGCAUGUCGUAAUGCUGAGGACUGUACAUAUGGAGAACGAUGUGUGCAAAACAUGUGCACACUGCCUUGUGCAGGUCACUCUCAAUGUCCAUCUGUUCAAGCAUGUGUCUCUGGUAUUUGUCUCCUUGGUUGCCGGUCCAGUAAGGACUGUCCCAGUGAACAAGCUUGUGUCAAUAGCAAGUGUCAAGAUCCUUGCAAGAAAGAAGGUGUUUGUGGUCCAAAUGCAGUGUGCCACUGUGUGAACCAUGUUACCCAAUGUGAGUGUCCUGCUGGUUUUGUGGGUAAUCCAGUCCCUCAGCAAGGAUGUGUGAGAGUUCCCACAAGCUGCAGCUCCAGUGCGGAGUGUCCUUCAGGACAUUCAUGCCUAAACAACCUGUGUACAGUGCCUUGUGCAGAUAACUCGCACUGUGCUGUGGGAGAACGGUGUGCUAACUCUGUAUGUGUGAAGGUGUGUUAUGGAGACAGCAACUGUGUCCCCGGCGAAGUGUGCAUUGAAGGAACCUGUCAGCCUGGCUGUGCCACUGAUUCAGAUUGCAAAACAAAUGAAAUAUGUAUACACAACAAGUGCAGAUGUGGCAGUGGUUUCACAUCUGAUCCAUCUGGUUGUCUUGACAUCAACGAAUGCAAAGAUUCACCUUGUCAUCCAAGUGCUGAGUGUAUCAAUGAUCCAGGAUCAUACAGAUGUGCAUGUCCCUUGGGAACUGUAGGAGACCCAUUCCUGGACCCAGGUUGUGUAACUCCCAAUGAAUGUAACCGUGAUGCUGACUGCAGUGACACUUUGGCAUGUGAACAUGGGAAAUGCACAGAUCCCUGUGUAGCAGGAGCAGAUGUCCAGUGUGGACCUAAUGCUGUUUGUAAUGUUUUCGACCAUGUGGGUGUCUGUUCAUGCCCAGCUGGACAUCUUGGAGAUCCAAACAGUAUUACUGUGGGAUGCUUCAAAGUGGAAUGUCUUUCAAAUGAUGACUGCUCGCUGGACAGAUCCUGUGAUGGCCAGAGCAACAGAUGCAUGAAUCCAUGUGAUCAAGUGAAUUGUGGUCGUGGAACCUGCAAGGCUCAAAACCAUGAAGGACUGUGCUCUUGUUUCCAAGGCUAUACAAUUGACAGUGGAAAAUGUGUGGACAUUAAUGAAUGUCUAGAAAAUCCAUGUCACAGCACAGCAAUUUGCAAAAAUUCACCUGGUAGCUUCUCAUGUCAGUGUCCAGACGGUCUUGUAGGUGACCCUGUGAAAGCUGGUUGCAGGAAACCUGGAGACUGCUUUACUCACUCAGAUUGUCCAUCAACUGCUUCAUGUGUAGACAACCGAUGCAGAAAUCCUUGUGAAAAUCCUGAUGCUUGUGGCCGUAAUGCUGAGUGCCUACCUACAGCACAUACAGCCCUGUGUCGCUGUCCUGCUCAGACUAGAGGCGAUGCUAAAGUUGAGUGUGUGCAGCUGGAGUGUGCAGACAGCAAUGACUGUACACCAAGUAAAGCAUGCAUUGAUUCUCGUUGUGUGGAUCCGUGUUCUUUACCAAAUGUGUGUGGACAGAAUGCUCAUUGUCUGCCUCUCAACCAUGUUGGAGUUUGUUCCUGUUACUCUGGUUAUACAGGAAACCCCCAACUUGGCUGUGUUACUGUGCAGUAUUGUAGUACAAACAGCCAAUGUCCAGCUGGUACCAGAUGUAACAGUGGGAUUUGCACAUCUGAGUGUACUAGUGCCCGUGAAUGCAUCAGUGAUCAGCUCUGUAUUCAAGGUGUUUGUCAGCCAACCUGUAAGUCAAACUACAGCUGUCCAGCCUUCCAGUUCUGCCAGAACAGCAUCUGUGUGAAGGAAGUGCGAUGUCAAACAGAUUAUGACUGCAGUGACACAGAAACAUGCAUAGAAAAUGCUGUGGGCCAAGCAGAAUGUUUGAACGCGUGUGAUGGCCCAAUUCUCUGUGGACGCAAUGCUGAAUGCACUGCACAGCAUCAUCAAUCGCUAUGCUCAUGUAAAACUGGCUAUCAUGGUAAUCCAAUAGAUGACAAAAUUGGAUGUCAGCCUAUUGAAUGUGAAACUAAUGAACAGUGCUCAAAUGAUAAACUGUGUGAAGACUACAUGUGCAAGAUUGCAUGCUUGGUCAGAAACCCUUGUGGAAUCAAUGCCCUCUGCUCAGCUCAAAACCAUGAACAGGUUUGUUAUUGCCAACCAGGAUAUACAGGAGAUCCUCAGAUAGGCUGCCAGCUGAUUGACUUCUGUACUGACUCACCAUGUGGACCUGGUGCUCGAUGUGACAACUCUCGAGGAUCCUACAAAUGCCUGUGUCCAAUUGGUACAGUAGGAGACCCAUAUCAUGAUGGAUGUCAUGCUCCAGUUGAGUGCAGUCACAAUGAAGACUGUCCAGCAGCUGCAGAGUGCACACAGUCAAAUGGAGUACCAAAAUGCAAAGAUGUGUGUGAGAAUGCCAUUUGUGGUCCAAAUGCAGAAUGUGUUGCUAAUGACCACGCAAGUGCUUGUGUCUGCCGGUCAGGUUAUGAAGGGAGUCCUAAUGACAUUCAUGUAGGUUGUAGACCAAAACCUGUACCUUGUGCAGCUAACACCGACUGCCCUCCAAAUACCUACUGUUACGGAGACAUAUGUCGACCAUCAUGCCAAUCAAAUGAAGAGUGCAGCCUGGCAGAAAUGUGUCUGCAAGGACAGUGUAACAGUCCAUGUGAUGAACACUCUGCUUGUGGAAUGAACGCAGAAUGUCGCGUGAUUAGUCACAACAAACAAUGCAGUUGUCCUCCAGGGUUCACUGGAAAUCAAGAUGUGGAAUGCGUGAGAAUUCCUGUUUCCUGUGAGUCCAGUUUGGAUUGUUCUGAAGGCAACACCUGUAGAGACAAUAUGUGUCUGCCUGUGUGCCAAGGUGACCAGGAGUGUGCUUUCAAUGAGAAGUGUCUGAAAGGCAACUGUAUAUUAACUUGUCGUGUGGACAAUGACUGUUUCCUUGGUCACAUCUGUCUCCAUAAUAUGUGUAUCUAUGGAUGUCAUUCUGAAGAUGACUGUAGUGCCAGCGAAUCAUGCCGAGACAACCGUUGCGUGAAUCCAUGCAGUGAUUCUCCUUGUGGCCCCAAUGCAGUGUGCACAGUGUCCAAUCAAAGGGCCAGUUGUUCAUGUCGCAGUGGUUUUGUACCUAACCCAAUAGCCAAAGUUGCCUGCGUUCGUGUUCCUGGUCAACCAUGUACUGAGAACAGAGAAUGUCCAACAGGGUCCACAUGUUUGGAUGAUGCAUGUAGACCAGUCUGUUCAUCAGAUAUAGGUUGCUUGGGUAAUGAACGUUGUGAUCUUACAUCAGGAGUAUGCAAACCACUGUGUCGCAGAGAUGAUGACUGUCGUAGUGGCGAGGUGUGUGAAGGGCUUGUGUGUGUUACUGGAUGUCGAAGUGAUUCUGGCUGUCCUGUUGAUAGGGCAUGCAUCAGCAGCAAGUGCAUAGACUUGUGUGCAUCACCAACUGCCUGUGGUACAAAUGCUAAUUGUAUCAUGACAAACCACCAGAAACAAUGUUCAUGUCCAGUUCCAUUAAUUGGCGAUGCAGAAACAGGUUGCCGUCAUCCCACGUCACUCUGCCAGUCUGAACAUGACUGCUCCAGUGGACAAACCUGCUAUGUUGGCAUGUGUCAGACUACCUGCAGAUCUGAUCAGAAUUGUCUUGCCGAUGAGCGAUGUCUUGGAGGACUCUGUAAGACAGUUUGCAAUAGUGAUUCUAAAUGUGGUCCUAAACAAAUUUGUGAAGACCGACUGUGUGAUGUAGGCUGUCGUAGUGAUACCGUUUGUCCUGACAGUGAAGCCUGUAUCAAUAAACAAUGCCGAAAUCCUUGUGAGGAAGGUUCAGUCUGUGGUACAUGUGCCAUUUGCAGUGUUGUGAAUCAUGGUGUGCAGUGUAGUUGCCCCGUCAACUUCCUCGGUAACCCUCUUGUCAGUUGCUCAAAACCAUCUGUGCGAUGUGGAACUGGCAUACCAGACUGUGAAUGUGAUGAGGCUGGAUACUGCACAAGGAAUUGCAUUGCAGACCAUGAUUGUUCUUGUGGUGAAACCUGUGCCAAGGGAAAAUGUAGAAGAAGGUGCAGUGGACCCAAUUCAUGCGCACAGGGUCAACUGUGUCAGAGAGGCUUGUGUAGGGCGGGAUGCCGUUCACAUAAUGACUGUCCAAAUGAUCAGGCAUGUGUGCGUGGACAAUGUCAUGAUCCUUGUACCACUCCUAAAUUCCCAUGUGGCACCAAUGCUCAGUGUCGAGUAUCAGAACAUCGUGCAAUAUGUCUGUGUCCGGAUGGCUACCAAGGUGAACCUAGUCAGAUAUGCAAUCAAUAUGAAUGUCUGAAAGAUGAUGACUGUGAACCAAAUAAAUACUGUAGUGAAGACAAAGCUUGCAGAAAUCCUUGUCUGGAAGCUGGAGCAUGUGGUAGCAAUGCACAGUGCCGAGUGUUCUACAGACGUGCCCAGUGUUCAUGCCCGCCAGGUUAUUAUGGCAAUCCGGAGUUGGAAUGUAAACAAGGUGGAGACCAGUGUUUGCGAAACCCAUGUGGCGAUAAUGCAAAAUGCCGUGACACCCAAGAUGGUUUUGACUGCACAUGUGUGCCUGGAUGCACAGGUGACCCCUAUCGCGGGUGCCUCUGUGAUGGACAUCAAACAGAUUUAUGUAGAGACAAACAGUGUGGAGUGAAUGCUGCUUGCCGAGUUGUUAACAACAGAGAGCCUGAAUGUUACUGCCCAAGUGACUAUCCUGCUGGAAAUCCAUAUAUUGAAUGUACAAUUGACCGUACACCAACUGACUGUCGUACUGAAGGUUGUGGUAAGAAUGCUGAGUGUUUACGUGAAGGAGCUGUAUUUGUGUGUCACUGUCUGCCAGGAACAACAGGCAGGGCUGAGGUUGAGUGCCAUUCAGGCUUCUUUGUAAAUAUUUCAGCUUGUACAUUAUCUUUAGUAUUGUGUGUUGAAAUGUGGAGUAAAUCACAUGGCUUCAUCUCCUUCAUUAGUCUUGUCUCGGACUGUCCUCACCACCAACACAGAAAGCAUGUGUUACAUUAUGUUUUGUGUGAGAAAUGUUUCCUUUCACAGUUCUUACAAUCGCUGUUCUUUUUUUCUCCUUUCCCCCAAUCACUCAUACUGUGUUUCCCUUCCGGUCUUGUGAAUACACCAGACAGCAUAUGUAGCAGCAGUAAUGACUGUCCAAAUGAGAAAGCCUGUCUGAACAAUCAGUGUAUAGACCCUUGCACUCAAAGAGGCUCGUGUGGAGAGAAUGCCUUAUGCCAGACAGUUCUGCAUAGACCGCGGUGUUCGUGUCCACAAUGCUAUGUUGGGAGACCACAUGUGUCAUGUCAGCCAGAUGUAAAGUGUGAACCUUCAGGCCCAAUUACUACUCAGCCUACUGUGGGUUGUGUGUCAGAUGAAGACUGUGCUGAUAAUUUAGCAUGUAAUGGGGAGGUGGGUGAUUGUCAAGACCCAUGCAGAACAGCCCCAAUUUUUGCCUGUGGUGCAAAUAAGAAGUGUGAAGUGCACAGACAUCGUCCUAUGUGCGUUUGCAAAUCGGGUUUUAUAGUGAGUGACAUGGGAGAGUUGACUUGUGCUCCUGACCACAUUGAGUGUUCUCAGCACGAAGAAUGUGCUUCAAAUCUAGCAUGCAUUGAUGGUCAGUGUCAAAAUCCUUGUACUGCAUCAAGAGUGCCCCCCUGCUCUGCUGACAAGACAUGUGGUGUGCUGGAUCACCAUCCAGUCUGCAUCUGUACUCGUGACUGCAACCCAUCCCUGUCGAUCUGCCUGCGUGACAGUGGUUGCCCUCCACAUCUGGCAUGCCGUGGCUACCGGUGCAUGGACCCCUGUGUCAACAUUACCUGCACAGAUGAUGCUCCUUGUUUUGUGGAGGAGCACAAACCUGUCUGCAAAUUCUGUCCCCCAGGAUUUGUCACAGAUUCAAAAUAUGGAUGUCUCAAAGCAGGUGUCACCACAAGUACGUCACCAUCCGUUACAUGCACGUUGGAUGUCGAGUGCACAGAUGCACAGGCCUGCAUUAGUGGAGAAUGCGUAGAUCCUUGCACCAACAACUGUGGUUUGGGUUCUCAGUGCAGGGUACAGGCACACAAACCUAUAUGUUUCUGUCCUGAAGGUUAUGAAGGUGAUCCUGCUAUUGGCUGCUCACCAGUAGUAAGAUAUACCACACCUAACUUGCAGGAUAAUCUCACUACCAUGCCCACAUAUACUGAUCUGACAACAUAUUCACCAGGUAAAUUGUUAACCAUAGUGAGUCCCAGUGUCACAAGACCAAGUAUGGCAUCUCAGGUAACAGUCACUGAAUCCACUGAAACAUCAGUUUCCUCAUUCAUUACCCAGAAAUUAAAAGCCUUGACUAGUAUUAUCCCUACCUUAGCAACUGGGAAGAUGGAAGCAGGUGUGAAAACCCUAGAAGGAACUACAGAACUAGUGUCUACAGUUACAGAAUAUGGAAAGCCAGCCACUUUUCCAACAUCAUAUGGCAUGCAUGAGCAAGAAACAACUAUGAGAGGGAUCUAUUCCACACCGCAGAAUGUACCAUCCAUGAGCAUAGUUACAUUAACUAGAGGCAGCAAGGCUGAAACUACAGGAACAGAAAUGCAAACAAUGAUAACAGAACCUGUAGAAAUGUCUAUAGCUAGCAAAAGUGAAAUGCAAACCAGAGCAACAACUAUAUCAGUUGAAACAGAAACACCAGAAUCAUAUCCAAGUACUAUUUAUAGAACACAUACAUCAAGUGUGGGGGCUCACACACUAUUAACAACAGAAUUGGGUUCUGUACAAACGACACCAACACCAAUAGAGCAUGUAACUGUUAUGGAAACUGUGGUACCUCUGGUAUAUACCCAAGAAACAGGUACAGAAUAUUAUUUUAAUAGAAGUAUGGAAACAUCCCCAGAAACUGUAAUAUUUCCAAUAAAUGAAACAUCUACAGAAAGAGUACAGACUGUUACACCUCAGAAAAACAUUACAGAGAUUGUUGAAACAGUUACACAAAAUAAGAUUACUACAGAAAUAGUCGAAAUAGGUACUCCUCAGAGCACAUUUAAACCAUCAGCUAUACCCCCAUCCACUCAAAGACCAUACACAUACUCCACAGAACAAAAAGAUCAGUUUGAAACAACUCCAAUUGAAGAGCUAUUUGAAGGCCAUAAAGUAACAACAUCUGGGAGGCCUUCUGAAAUUGAACACAUAACAACAAAACUGUAUCCCUCACACUCAACAGAAGCACCAGGGGAAUAUAAAACCACUGUAGGCAAAACAAGGCCUGAGAUGCCCGAAGGAGAAACAACAAAGUUACCCUCUGAAAUAGAACACAUUACUACUGAAGCCUUUUCUACACAAGGCCCAGGCAAAUAUGAGACAGUUCUAGUUCAGAGCACAACUCAAGGUCCACAAAUUAUGAUCACAAGAAAGCACACUGAAUUGUCUGAAUACCCAACCACUCAAAGACCUUACACACACUCUACAGGACGACCAGCAAGGUUUGAAACAACUCCAAGUGAAGGUUUCUUUGGAAGUUCUCAAGUAACGGAGUCCACAAAGCCUCAUGAAAUUGAAUACAUCGUGACUGAACCACAUACAACAUACCUAAUAAAACAACCAGGAGAACAUAAAACCACCCCAGAAAGAGAAAGGUCUGAAGCUACCGAAGAAAUAACUUUAAAGACAACCUCUGAAAUUGACCAUAUUACUACCGAAAGUCCACAAAUAACACCAACAACGCACACUGAGUAUGAACUCCCAUCCACCCAAAAACCUUACACACAAGCCAUGGAACAACCAGUUCAGUUUGAAACAACUCCAAGCAAAGGGAUAUUUGAAGGUUCUGAAGUAACAACGUCAAGGAAGCCUUAUGAAAUUGAACACAUAACAACAAAAGAGUAUCCCUCAUACUCGACAGAAGCACCAGGAGAAUUUAUAAGCACUUCGGGCAAAGGAACACCUGAGGUGACAGAAGGAAUAACAUCGAAGUUCCACUCUGAGAGCACAUAUAAAUAUGCAACCAUAGGAGAUACAGAGAUACCUAAAGUAUACAUUUCCACACCAAAGCCUGUUACAGGAGACAUGGAAGAAAGUGUGUCCCAUACAACUGGAACAUCUGAAGUAUAUAUAUCUACACCAAAGCAUGUCACAAUGGAAACUGAAGCCACUAUGCAAUACACAACUUGGACAAAUCAAACAUAUGCUCAUACUACAAAGCACGUCACAGUGGAAACUGAGGGCAGUGUGCAGUACACAACUGGAACACAUGAAAUAUAUACAUCUACUCCAAAACAUGUCUCAGGGGAAACUGAAGGCAGUGUGAAGUAUACAACUGGAAAACCUGAAAUAUAUAUUCCCACUGCCAAGCAUGUCACAGGGGAAACUGAAGUUAGUGUGCAAUACACGACUGGACGACCUGAAACAUAUAUUCCUACUACAAAACAUGCCACAGAGGAAACUGAAGCCAGUGUAAAAUAUGCAACUGAAAAACCUCAAUCAUAUGCUCCUACUACACAGCAUGUUACAGGAGAAACUGAAACCAGGGUUCAAUAUGAAACAGGAAGAACUCAAACAUAUAUUCCUACUAUAGAAGUUGUCACAGGGGUAACAAAAGCCAGUGUACAAUACACAACUAGAGUACCUGAAAAAUAUGCUCCUACUACAAAGCAUAUCACUGUGGAAACUGAGGCCAGUGUACAAUACACGACUGGAAAACCAGAAGCACAUGCUCCUACUGUAAAAUAUGUCACAGGGGAAACUGAAGCCACUGUUCAAUAUGAAACUGAAAGAACUGAAAAAUAUAUUCCUACUGCGAAACAUGUUACAGUGGAAACUGAAGCCAGUGUUCAAUAUGAAACCGAAAGAACUGAAAAAUAUGUUCCUACUGCGAAACAUGUUACAGUGGAAACUGAAGCCAGUGUUCAGUAUGAAACAGAAAGAACUGAAAAAUAUAUUCCUGCUGCAAAGCAUGUUACAGGAGAAACUGAAGCCAGUGUUCAAUAUGAAACUGAAAGAACUGAAAAAUAUAUUCCUACUGCGAAACAUGUUACAGUGGAAACUGAAGCCAGUGUUCAAUAUGAAACCGAAAGAACUGAAAAAUAUGUUCCUACUGCGAAACAUGUUACAGUGGAAACUGAAGCCAGUGUUCAGUAUGAAACUGAAAGAACUGAAAAAUAUGUUCCUACUGCGAAACAUGUUACAGUGGAAACUGAAGCCAGUGUUCAAUAUGAAACUGAAAGAACUGAAAAAUAUAUUCCUACUGCGAAACAUGUUACAGUGGAAACUGAAGCCAGUGUUCAAUAUGAAACUGAAAGAACUGAAAAAUAUGUUCCUACUGCGAAACAUGUUACAGUGGAAACUGAAGCCAGUGUUCAAUAUGAAACUGAAAGAACUGAAAAAUAUAUUCCUACUGCGAAACAUGUUACAGUGGAAACUGAAGCCAGUGUUCAAUAUGAAACCGAAAGAACUGAAAAAUAUGUUCCUACUGCGAAACAUGUUACAGUGGAAACUGAAGCCAGUGUUCAGUAUGAAACUGAAAGAACUGAAAAAUAUAUUCCUACUGCAAAACAUGUUACAGUGGAAACUGAAGCCAGUGUUCAAUAUGAAACUGAAAGAACUGAAAAAUAUAUUCCUACUGCGAAACAUGUUACAGUGGAAACUGAAGCCAGUGUUCAAUAUGAAACUGAAAGAACUGAAAAAUAUGUUCCUACUGCGAAACAUGUUACAGUGGAAACUGAAGCCAGUGUUCAGUAUGAAACAGAAAGAACUGAAAAAUAUAUUCCUGCUGCAAAGCAUGUUACAGGAGAAACUGAAGCCAGCGUUCAAUAUGAAACGGGAAGAACUCAAACAUAUAUUCCUACUAUAAAAGUUGUCACAGGGGUAACAAAUGCCAGUGUACAAUACACAACUAGAAUACCUGAAAAAUAUACUCCAACUACAAAGCAUAUCACUGGGGAAACUGAGGCCAGUGUACAGUACACGACUGGAAGACCUGAAGCAUAUGUACCCACUACGUCUCAUGUCACAGUGGAAGAUGGAGCCAGUGUACAAUACGCAACAGCAACAAGUAAAACAUUUGCAUCUACAGGAAAGCAUGUCACAAGGGAAACUGAAGCCAGUGUACAAUACACAGCUGGAACAAGUGAAACAUAUGCUCCUACUGCAGAGCAUGUUACAAGUGAAAUUGAAGCCACUGUGCAGUACACGACUGGAAUUCCUGAAACAUAUGGUCCUACUAUAAAACAUGUUACAAAGGAAACUGAAGCCAGUGUACAAUACACAACUCUAACCCCUGAAACAUAUACUCCUACUACAAAACAUAUCACAGGGGAAAUGGAAGUCAGUGUACAAUACUCAACUGUAAAACCUGAAACAUAUUCUCCUACUGCAAGCUAUGUCACUGGGGAAGCUGGAGCUGGUGUACAGUACACAACAGCAACAAGUGAAACAUAUGCUUCUACUGUAAAACCUGUCACACAGGAAACUGUAGCCAGUGCACAGUACACAACUGGAAGACCUGAAACACAUAUUCCCACUACAAAGCAUGUCGCAGGGGAAACUGGAGCCAGUGUACAAUACCCAGCUGGAACAAGUGAAACAUAUGCUCCUACUGUAAAACAUGUCACACAGGAAACUAUAGCCAGUGCACAGUACACAACUGGAAGACCUGAAACAUAUAUUCCCACUACAAAGCAUGUCACAGGAGAAACUGUAGCCAGUGCACAGUACACAACUGGAAGACCUGAAACAUAUAUUCCCACUACAAAGCAUGUCACAGGAGAAACUGUAGCCAGUGCACAGUACACAACUGGAAGACCUGAAACAUAUAUUCCCACUACAAAGCAUGUCACAGGAGAAACUGUAGCCAGUGCACAGUACACAACUGGAAGACCUGAAACAUAUAUUCCCACUACAAAGCAUGUCACAGGAGAAACUGUAGCCAGUGCACAGUACACAACUGGAAGACCUGAAACAUAUAUUCCCACUACAAAGCAUGUCACAGGAGAAACUGUAGCCAGUGCACAGUACACAACUGGAAGACCUGAAACAUAUAUUCCCACUACAAAGCAUGUCACAGGAGAAACUGUAGCCAGUGCACAGUACACAACUGGAAGACCUGAAACAUAUAUUCCCACUACAAAGCAUGUCACAGGAGAAACUGUAGCCAGUGUACGAUACACAACUGGAAGACCGCCAAUUACAAAGCAUGUCACAGGGGAAACUGAAGCCAGUGUUCAAUAUGAAACUGAAAGAAAUGAAACAUAUAGUCCUACUGCAGAGCAUGUUACAGGGGAAACUGAUGUCAGUAUACAGUACACAACUGAGAGAAUUGAAACAUAUAUUCCUACUAUUGGAGUUGUCACAAGGGAAACUGAGGCCAGUGUUCAAUAUACAACUAGAAGACCUGAAGCAUAUGCUCCUACUACAGCUCAUAUAACAGUGGAAACUGGAACUGGUGUACAGUACACAGCAGCAUCAAGUGAAGUAUAUGCUCCUACUCCAAAGCAUGUCACAAGGGAAAAUGAAACUAGUGUGCAGUACACAACUGAAAGACCUGAAGCAUAUGCCCCUACUGUAAAAUAUGUCACAGGGGAAACUGAAGCCAGUGUUCAAUAUGAAACUGAAAGAACUGAAAAAUAUAUUCCUACUGCAAAAUAUGUCACAGGGGAAACUGAAGCCAGUGUUCAAUAUGAAACUGAAAGAACUGAAAAGUAUAUUCCUACUGCGAAACAUGUUACAGUGGAAACUGAAGCCAGUGUUCAAUAUGAAACUGAAAGAACUGAAAAAUAUAUUCCUACUGCAAAAUAUGUCACAGGGGAAACUGAAGCCAGUGUUCAGUAUGAAACUGAAAGAACUGAAAAAUAUAUUCCUGCUGCGAAACAUGUUACAGUGGAAACUGAAGCCAGCAUACAGUACACAUCUAGAAGACCUGAAACAUAUGCUCCUAGUGCAAAAUAUUUCACAAGGGAAACUGUGGCCAGCGGGCAUUACACGACUGGAAGAUCUGAAGCAUAUUCUCCUACUACAGCUCAUGUAACAAUGCAACCUGAAGCUAGUGUACAAUACACAACAGCAACAAGUGCUUCUACUGCAAGGCAUGUCACAGGGGAAACUGAAGCCAGUGUACAAUACACAGCUGGAACUAGUGAAACAUAUGCUCCUGCUGUAGAGCAUGCGACAAGGAAAACUGAAUCCCGCGUACAGUACACAACAGGAAGACCUGAAACAUAUAUUCCCACUACAAUGCUUGUCACAAGGGAAACUGCUGCCAGUGGAAAGUAUGCAACUGAGAAACCUGAAACAUAUGCUCCUACUGCAAAGCUAAUUACAGGGGAAACUGAAGCUAGUGUUCAAUUUGAAAUAGGAAUGAGUCAAAUAUAUAUUCCUACUGCAAAACAUUUCACAGGGGAAACUGAAGCAAGUGUGCAGUACACGACAGGAAGUGCUGAAACAUAUGCUCUCACUACAAAGCAUGUUACAGAGGAAACUGAAGCCAGUGUAAAAUAUUCAACUGAAAAACCUACAAUAUACUCAGAUGCUCCUACUACAAAGCAUGUCAGAGGGGAAACUGAAACCAGUGUGAAAUACGCAACUGGAAAAAGUGAAACUUAUGCUCCUUCUGCAAAGUAUUUCGCAGGGGAAACAGAAACCACUGUGCAAUACAUGACUGAAAUACCUGAGGCACAUGCCUCUACUACAAAGCAUGCUACAGGAGAAACUGGUGCUAGUGCACAAUACACAACUGGAGAACCUAAAACAUAUGCUUUUACUACAAAGCCUGUCACUAGGGAAACUGAAACCAGUGUAAAGGAAACAACUGUAACACCUGAAAUGUAUGCUCCUACUACAAAACAUAUGACAAGGGAAACAAUAGCUACUAUAAAAUACUCAGCUGGAGCACCUGAAACAUAUGUCCCUAUUACAAGCCAUGUCACAGGAGAAACUGUAGCCAGUGUUCAAUACACAACUGGAACAAGUGAGACAUAUGGUCCUACUGCCAAGACCAUCGCUAAGGAAACUGAAGCCAGUGUUCAAUACAAAACUCUAACUCCUGAAACACAUACUCCUACUACAAAACAUGUCACAAGGGAAAUGGAAGCAAGUGUACAAUUCACCAGUGGAACACCUGAAACUUAUGUACCUACUGCAAAACAUGCCGAAACCAGUGUACAAUACAAAACUGGAACGCCUGAGUCAUAUGCUCCUACUACAGAACAUAUGACAAGGGAAACAGAAGCUACUAUACAAUAUUCAACUGGAACACCUGAAACAUAUGCCCCUGUUACAAGCCAUGUCACAGGGAAAACUGGAGUCAGUAUUCAGUACACAACUGGAUCAAGUGAAUUAUAUGCUCCUACUGUAAAGCAUGUCACAAGGGAAACUGAAGCCAGUGAACACUACACAACUCCAACACCUGAAACGUAUUCUGCUACUACAGAACUUAUGACAAGGGAAACAGAAGCUAGUGUACAGCAGUCAACUGGAACAGCUGAAACAUAUGCUCGUACCCCAAGCCAUGUCACAGGGGAAACUGGAGCUAGUGUUCAAUAUACAACUGGAACAAUUGAAACAUAUGCUCCUACUGCAAAGUCUAUCAGAUGGGAAACUGAAGCCAGUGUAAAAUACACAACACCAGCACCUGAAACGUACAGUCCUACAACCAAAUUUAUCACAGGGGAAACAGAAGCCAGUGUACAACUCUUAACUGAAAAAUCUGUAACAUAUGCUCCUACUACAAGGUAUGUCACAGGGGAAACUGGAGCCAGUGUUCAAUACACAACUGAAACAAGUGAAACAUAUGCUCCUACUGAAAAGCCUGUCACAGGGGAAACUGGAGCCAGUGUUCAAUACACAACACCAGCACCUGAAACAUACAGUCCUACAACCAAAUUUAUCACAGGGGAAACAGAAGCCAGUGUACAACUCUUAACUGAAAAAUCUGUAACAUAUGCUCCUACUACAAGGUAUGUCACAGGGGAAACUGGAGCCAGUGUUCAAUACACAACACCAGCACCUGAAACAUACAGUCCUACAACCAAAUUUAUCACAGGGGAAACAGAAGCCAGUGUGCAGUACACAACUCUAACACCGGAGACAUAUACUGCUACUACAAGGGAAACAGAAGCCAGUGUACAACUCUUAACUGAAAAAUCUGUAACAUAUGCUCCUACUACAAGGUAUGUCACAGGGGAAACUGGAGCCAGUGUUCAAUACACAACUGGAACAAGUGAAACAUAUGCUCCUACUGAAAAGUCUGUCACAGGGGAAACUGGAGCCAGUGUUCAAUACACAACUCGAACACAUGAAACAUAUUCUCCUACUAUAAAACCUAUCACACGGGAAAUGGAAGCCAGAGUACAAUACACAAGCGAAACACCUGAAACAUAUGCUCCUACUACAAAGCAUGUCACAAGGGAAACUGAGGCCAGUGUACGAUACACUGCUGGAACCACUGAAACACAUGUUCCUACUACAAGGCAUGUCACCGGGAAAACUUUAACCAGUGUUCAGUACACAACUGAAACAAGUGAAUCAUAUGCUCCUACUGAAAAGCAUGUCACAAGCGAAACUGAAACCAGUGUAAAAUAUACAACUCCAACACCUAACACAUAUGCUCCUACUACAAGCCCUGUCACAGAGGAGACUGGAGCCAGUUUUCAGUACACACCUGAAACAAUUGAAACAUAUGCUUCUACUGGAAAGCCUGUCACAAGGGUUACUGAAGCCACAACUGCAACAUCUGAAAUAUAUACUGCAACUACAAAACAUAUCACAACAGAAACAGAAGCCAGUUUACAGUACACGACUCUAACACCUGAACAAUAUGCUCCUAAAACAAAGCAUGUUACAAAGGAAACUGGAACCAGUGUACAAUACACAACUCUAACACCUGAAACAUAUACUUCUCCUGCAAAACAUAUCACAGGGGAAACUGGGGCAAAUGUACAAUACACAACACUAACACCUGAAACAUAUAUUCCUACUACAAAACAUAUCACAAUGGAAACAGAAGCUAGUGUGUCAUACACAAGUGGAACAUCUGAAACAUAUGCUCCUACUGUACAGGCUGUCACAAGGGAAACUGAAACCAGUAUACAAUACACAACGCUAACACCUGAAACAUAUGUUCCUACUGCAAAGCAUGUUACAAGAGAAACUGAAACCAGUGUACAGUACACUAGUCCAACACCUGAAACAUAUGCUGCUACUACAAAACUUAUGACAAGGGAAACAGGAGCUGGUAUACAAUACUCAGCUGGAACACCUGAGACAUAUACUCCUACUACAAGGUAUAUCACUGGGGAAACUGGAGCCAGUUUUCAAUACACAACUGGAACAAAUGAAACAUAUGCUCCUACUGCCAAGACCAUCACGAAGGAAACUGAAGCCAGUGUAGAAUACACAACUCUAACACCUGUAACAUAUACUCCUACUACCAAACAUAUCACAGGGGAAAUGGAAGCUAGUGUACAGUACACAAGUGGAACACCUGAAACUUAUGCACCUACUACAAAACAUGUCACAGGGGAAAUGGAAGCUAGUGUACAGUACACAAGUGGAACACCUGAAACUUAUGCACCUACUACAAAACAUGUCACAGGGGAAACUGAAACCAGUGUAGAAUACACAACUGGAACCGUAGAGACAUAUGCUCCUACUGCCAAGACCAUCACGAAGGAAACUGAAGCCAGUGUAGAAUACACAACUCUAACACCUGAAACAUAUACUUCUACUACAAAACAUAUCACAGGGGAAAUGGAAACUAGUAUACAAUACACAAGUGUAACACCUGAAACUUAUGCACCUACUACAAAACAUGUCACAGGGGAAACUGAAACCAGUGUAGAAUACACAACUGGAACCGUAGAGACAUAUGCUCCUACUACAAGUCAUGUCACAGGGGAAACUGGAGCCAGCAUUCAGUACCCAACUGGAACAAGUGAAUCAUAUGCUCCUACUGCAAAGCAUGUUACAAGAGAAACUGAAGCCAGUGUACAGUACACUAGUCCAACACCUGAAACAUAUGCUCCUACUACAAAACAUAUCACAGGGGAAAUGGAAACUAGUGUACAAUACACAAGUGGAACACCUGAAACUUAUGCACCUACUACAAAACAUGUCACAAGGGAAACUGAAGCCAGUGUACAAUACACAACUCUAACACCUGAAACAUAUACUCCUACUACAAAACAUAUCACAGGGGAAAUGGAAACUAGUGUACAAUACACAAGUGGAACACCUGAAACUUAUGCACCUACUACAAAACAUGUCACAAGGGAAACUGAAGCCAGUGUACAAUACACAACUCUAACACCUGAAACAUAUACUCCUACUACAAAACAUAUCACAGGGGAAAUGGAAACUAGUGUACAAUACACAAGUGGAACACCUGAAACUUAUGCACCUACUACAAAACAUGUCACAAGGGAAACUGAAGCCAGUGUACAAUACACAACUCUAACACCUGAAACAUAUACUCCUACUACAAAACAUAUCACAGGGGAAAUGGAAACUAGUGUACAAUACACAAGUGGAACACCUGAAACUUAUGCACCUACUACAAAACAUGUCACAAGGGAAACUGAAGCCAGUGUACAAUACACAACUCUAACACCUGAAACAUAUACUCCUACUACAAAACAUAUCACAGGGGAAAUGGAAACUAGUGUACAAUACACAAGUGGAACACCUGAAACUUAUGCACCUACUACAAAACAUGUCACAAGGGAAACUGAAACCAGUGUAGAAUACACAACUGGAACCGUAGAGACAUAUGCUCCUACUACAAGUCAUGUCACAGGGGAAGCUGGAGCCAGCAUUCAGUACCCAACUGGAACAAGUGAAUCAUAUGGUCCUACUGCAAAGCAUGUUACAAGAGAAACUGAAGCCAGUGUACAGUACACUAGUCCAACACCUGAAACAUAUGCUGCUACUACAAAACUUAUGACAAGGGAAACAGGAGCUGGUAUACAAUACUCAGCUGGAACACCUGAGACAUAUACUCCUACUACCAGGUAUAUCACUGGGGAAGCUGGAGCCAGUGUUCAAUACACAACUGGAACAAGUGAAACAUAUGCUCCUACUACAAAACAUAUCACAGGGGAAAUGGAAGCUAGUGUACAAUACACAAGUGGAACACCUGAAACUUAUGCGCCUACUACAAAGCAUGUCACAAGGGAAACUGAAGCCAGUGUACAAUACUCAGCUGGAACACCAGAAAUAUAUACCUUUACUACAGAACAAGCUAUUGUAAAAUCUGAACCAUCUUACAGAUACACAACUGCUUAUCCAGCAGAAUUGCCUAGCGGCUUAUUCCCUGGUGGAAAAUAUUUUACAAGUGAAUCUGAAACACCAUAUAUAUCCACAACUGAAACUGUGGUUGAAGCAGUUGAAAAUUAUACUUCAAGUACAAGGCAUAUAGCAUCGGAAACCGAGUCACUUUAUGGUUACACAUCUGAAAGUUUAACUGUAGGAUAUACUUCUGCUCCACAGCAUACUACAAUUUCUAGAGCGGAGGAAUCAACAGCACAUAUUCGUGAAUCAAGUAAAAUUCCUGGCGUUUUUACUGAAUCUGCAGAGCAGGCCACAAGUCCAACAUCUGUCGGCAGUAUUGCUACAGUUUCUGCAUUGAUGAAAAGUACUGAUAUUUCCUUGUUAGAGACAGCAGCCGAACCAAAAACAACCUUAGUGGUGGACCAAAAUAUGACAGAACAGAGUGAACCAUUUAGUGUUAGGCCAUUAGAGACCUGUACAUCUGAGCUGGACUGCACUUAUGAUGCAACAUGUAUUCACAAUUAUUGUUUAAAUCCUUGUAAUGUUUAUAAACCUUGUUCUGUGGGUGUGAGAUGUGUAGUUAGAUCACAUAGGCCUGUCUGUCUGUGCACUAAAUCUGAGAACCUGACUGCUGCCUCUGUUGAAUGUAGAACACUCCCAGUUAUCAGCUGUUUGGAUCACUCUGAGUGUCCUGCACAACAGGCCUGUAUUGGAGAGAAAUGUCUGAACCCUUGCAGUGUUGCAAAUCCUUGUCAUUCACAGCAAGAAUGCCAGGUGCAAGAACACCAGCCAGUGUGUAUUAAAGUUUGUCAGUGUCAGAGACAUGGGGACUGUAGAACUGGACACAUUUGUGAUGGUUGCAACUGUGUACCAAAAGUUGCACCAGCAGGCUGUGAGCAUUGCCCUCCUGGUUAUCAGUGCAAUCCAAUCUCUGGAGCAUGCAUCAAAGUCACAGAAGCGACAGAAACGGUUACCAAAAUGACACCCACAGUACCAGAAUUGACAAUUACAGAAAGCACGCCAUUAGAAACGGGACCAACCCUAACAAGCCAUAUUACACAGACAGAGACACAGACAGCAGAAACAGAGUACACAGGCACUGAGCAAAUUGUGACUAUAACACAGACAUCUGUGGGAGGUAAGGAGAGUCCCACAACUCUUGAGGAGCAGAGUCCACCUUACUCACAAACAACACAGUUUCCAGAAGAGACAUCUCCAGUAGUGCCUGGAAUAGGAACUGGCAGAACACCAGCAGAAACACCAACAACAUUACUGCCUAAAAGCUUUACUGUACCACAGAAAGUGGAGAGCAUAGUCACAACUAUGGAAAUAUUCACCACACACUUCAAUGCAACUACAUUACCUGCCUCUACUUCACCAGAAACUUUAAGCCCAAAGCAGGUUACUACAACUACAUUUACCACUAUAGCUACUACAAAGAAGUCUCCAGAGGUUACAUAUAGACAAAAUGGAGUACAUACAGUUCCAGCAACUUCUUCCUCAACAGGGACACAAACAGAACAAUCUGCAACUGUAACAGAAUCAGGCAUUGUAACUUACAUAACAGAACCAAUUGCACCUUCCUCAAAAAUACCAUCAGUCUCUUUAACUCUGUUGCCAAACAUUUCCUUAACAACAAAAGUUGAACAGAUUACUGAACCUAGAUAUACAUACAGCUCAGAAUUAACAACACCAUCUUCCAUGAUGACCACUGUACCAGAACUUUCUAUAGAAGUUACAGUACCAGAAGAGCCUACAGUACUACCUCCAGAAGCAACAACUGUCACUGGGUCUUCAUCUACAGAAGGUGUACAUAGCACAAAAAUCCUCACAGUGAGGCCUAUAACAACAGCCAGAUCCAGUUCAUUAUAUCCAACAAUAGUUUCACCAGCUACAGAAAGUCCAGCUACUAGAACUGAAAUGUCUAUAACAACCGAACCAUUGAAAUCCCCUACUGGAUCAUCACUUGGAACUGAAUUUGCAACUUUACCAACAAUGUCACAAUCAACAGAGAUUGAAGAACUUGCCACAACAGUUACUGAAAAGCCAAUGUCAACCGUUCCCAGUGGUGUAUCUGAACAACUUACAUCUGGAAUGACAACAGUUAGUUCAGAGAUUGGUACGUCUGAAUCAUCAGCAACUCCUCAGACUUUGACACCUGGAAUAACUCAGUUGAAUACAACUACUGAAAUCUCUCAUACAGAAAGCAUAAUAACGGGAUUUCCAACAGAAACAGCACCUACUACAGCUCCUACAACCAGUCAAGCUGUUGAUAGAGGUAAGCCUACGCUGGUCUCAGAAACAAGGGCAAGUCAACCAGAAACUGAAGCCCCAGUGACCACUACUGAAAGAAUUUAUGUGUUCCAAACAACACAAACUCUGAAAGAGCCAGAAACACAGAGUCCUAGUGUUCUUCUAACACAGACACCAGAAAUUUCUACCAGGAGUUCUGCUGGGAUAGAAGUCUCAGAAACAGAAGUGACAACAACAGAAAGAACAACAGCAAGAGAAGGAAGAACAGGAACUUUAGUCAUCACCACUCUUCCACCUCAAAGAGAGGCCAGUGCCUUUACUGUGAAUACUACUGAGACUCAACCUGGCAUUGAAACAACAACUUUUAUGUCAACAUCAGUAUCAGGUAAUGGCACAACUGAGUAUGGUGUAACUGUAGGAGUGACAGAAAUGUCCAGAACUGAAGCUGGUGUUACUGAAAGAGUGACUAAUGAGACACCUCAUGUGCAAGUAGUAGAAAUUUCAGGUACAACAGUAUUAAUUACUGGUGUGACAGAAGUAUCAACUGAAAGAAAAACUACAGAGAGGCCAACAGGAACAACAAUUGAAACAUUAACAGAAAUUCCAACAAAAGGUGCAACAGGAAUAUCUACAGAGAGACCAGUAGAAAUACAUACUGAAAGAGUAACAGUAGUUCAUACAGAACGUCCAUCUGGAAUGUCUACAGAAAUCCCAACAGUAGGUUCAACAGAAAUACCUACAAAAAGGCCAGCAGAAGUAUCAACUGAAAGAACAACACAAAUUUCUACUGAAAGGCCAACAGAAAGGACAACAGAAGUGUUUACAGAAAGAACAGCACAAAUUUCUACUGAAGGGCCAACAGAAAGGAUAACAGAAGUGUCUACAGAAAGAACAACAGAAAUUCCUACAGAGAGAACAUCACAGAUACUUACAGUGAGACCGGUAGAAAUUUCAACAAAAGGACCAACAGAAAUACGUACAGAAAGGUCCACAGGAAUACCCACAGAAAGACCAACAGGACUGCCUACUGAAAUAUUAACAGAACUUCCAACAGAAGGUCCAACAGGAAGUCCAACUGAAGCAUUAACAGAAAUUCCCAUGGAAGGUGCAACAGGAAUAUCAACAGAAAUGCCUACAGAAAGAACAUCACAGAUACUUACAGUGAGACCAAUAGAAAUUUCAACAAAAGGGCCAAUAGAAUUGCGUACAGAAAGAUCCACAGGAAUACCUACAGAAAGACCAACAGGGCUGUCUACUGAAAUAUUAACAGAAGUUCCCAUGGAAGGUGCAACAGGAAUAUCAACAGAAAUAUCUACUAAAAGAACAACAGAAAUGCCUACAGGGAGAACAUCACAGAUACUUACAGUGAGACCAGUAGUAGAAAUUUCAACAAAAUGGCCAAUAGAAUUGCGUACAGAAAGGUCCACAGGAAUACCCACAGAAAGACCAACAGAGCUGUCUACGGAAAUAUUAACAGAAAUUCCCAUGGAAGGUGCAACAGAAAUAUCAACAGAAAUGCCUACAGGGAGAACAUCACAGAUACUUACAGUGAGACCAGUAGUAGAAAUUUCAACAAAAUGGCCAAUAGAAUUGCGUACAGAAAGGUCCACAGGAAUACCCACAGAAAGACCAACAGAGCUGUCUACGGAAAUAUUAACAGAAAUUCCCAUGGAAGGUGCAACAGAAAUAUCUACUAAAAGAACAACAGAAAUGCCUACAGGGAGAACAUCACAGAUACUUACAGUGAGACCAGUAGUAGAAAUUUCAACAAAAUGGCCAAUAGAAUUGCGUACAGAAAGGUCCACAGGAAUACCCACAGAAAGACCAACAGGCCUGUAUACUGAAUUAUUAACAGAACUUCCAACAGAAGGUCUAACAGGAAUUCCAACUGAAGCAUUAACAGAAAUUCCCACAGAAGGUGCAACAGGAAUAUCUACAGAAAGACCACCAGAAAUGUCUACUGAAAGAGUAACAGAAAUUCCUACAGAACAUCCAUUGGGAAUAUCUUCAGAAAUACCAACAAUAGGGCCAACAGAAAUCUCUACUGAAAAUACAACAGAAAUUCCUGCUGAAGGGCCAACAGAAAGGCCAACUGAAAUACCUACAGAAAGAACAUCACAGAUACUUACAGUAAGACCAAUAGAAAUUCCAACAGAAGGGCUAACAGAAAUACCUACAGAAAGGUCCACAGGAAUACCUACAGAAAAACCAACACGACUGCCUACUGAAAUAUUAACACAAAUUCCAACAGAAAGCCCAAUAGUAAGACCUACUGAAAGAUUAACAGAAGUUCCCACAGAAGGUGCAACAGAAAUUUCUACAGAAAAGCUAACAGAAAUCCCAACCAUACAGCCAACAGAAAUAACUGCUGAAGGACCAACAGGAAUACCUACAGAAAGAACAUCACGGAUACUUUCUGAAGCACAAAUUCCAACAAAAAGGCCAACAGAAAUACCUACAGAAGGAGCAACAGUGAUAUCUACAGAAAGAAUAACAGGAAUGCCUACAGAAAGAUCAACAGAAAUUCUGACAGAAGGACUAACAGAAAUAACUACAGUAGGGCUGACUAAGAUAAUGACAAGAUUGACUGAAACAGAGGCUCCUGUUCAACCUGAGAAAUAUGCAACCACAACCGAAGGGCCAACAGAGAUAACUGCUGAGCAAGGCGGAAUUUAUACUGUAGGUUCAACUCUUAUGUCUUCAACAGAAAUGCAAUUAAUAACAGGAACUCCUGAAGAAGUUAUAACAGUGACAGGAAUCCAAACAGAGUUACCUUCUGAAGAAAAGACAAAGGUACCAUCCACAGUAGGAACAACAGAAUCACUAACAGUAUACCCCACACAAGGAGAAACAGAACUGCCAAUACUUUCAACUACAAAGAUUUCAGAACUGUUACCUACAACUGGUACAACUGAAAGUCCAGCAGUAUCACAUACAGAAGGAACAGCAGAAGUGUCAACAACAACAAUAUUUGAAGGAACAACUGAAGUUCUAAUGCAAACUUCCUUUACUGCUAAAACUCCAAUAGGAAGAACUGUGGAACCAGUUACAGAGACAUUUCCUGCCACAACGCUGGGACAGAUUACUCACACAGACAUUACAGUUACAACAGUUAGCCCUAGCACAAUCAUUUUUCAUCCCACCACCAAACUGACUAAUAGGACAUGUGUUGCUGAUGCCGAUUGCCCCCCCUCUGAAGCCUGUAGGUGCAGUCAAUGUGUGAACCCUUGUGCAGAGAGCAACAAUGGUUGCGCACACAAUGCCUUGUGUACAGUCUUGAACCACAUCAUAGUUUGCACAUGUCCACCCGGACAAUUUGGGGAUGCCACCAAGGAUUGCCAAGAAACCCCAGGAACAACUAAGGCUCCAGUUCCAUGUGAAUCAGACAUGGAUUGUGUUGAUACAGAAGCAUGUUACAAGUCAUUCUGCCUGGACCCAUGCGAGUUCACUAAUGCCUGUGCCUCAACAGCUAAAUGCCACACCAAGGCUCACAGACCCAUAUGCACUUGCCCUUCAGGAUAUGAGGGCAACCCUGCAGUAAAAUGCUCCCCAACUCAACCAUUGAGUUGCUCUAGCAACGAUGACUGCCCGUUGACUGAAGCAUGUUUUGGAGGAGUCUGUCAGCACCCUUGUGAUGUUCACGAUCCAUGUGCUUUCAAUGCGGUCUGCAUCAAUACCAACCAUGGAACUGACUGCAGCUGUGCCGAGGGAUAUCAAGGCAAUGGAUUUGUUGGAUGUGGCCCAGUGAAAAGUCCUCUACCAAUCUGUCAUUACAAUGAAGAUUGUCCACCUCACAAACUUUGUGAUCGACUCAAUCGUGUGUGUAUCAAUCCAUGCUUAGAAGAUUCUUGCGGAGAAAAUGCUCAGUGCUUAGCAGUGAAUCAUGGCAUUGAUUGCAAAUGUCUUGAUGGAUACAUAGGAAACCCAUAUGUGGAGUGUAUGAAAGUGACAGGGUGCCAUAAUGAUGAUGAGUGUCACACUACUGAAGCUUGCAUCAGUGGCACAUGUCAGAGUCCAUGCAAAUGUGGAUUGAAUGCUAUUUGUGAAGUGUUACAUCACAAAGCAACAUGCAAAUGUCUGCCAGGAUACAAUGGAACUCCAGUUGCAGGAUGCCAAGGGCCAAGUAAUCCUUGUGAUCCAAAUCCAUGUGGCUUAAAUGCAAUGUGUGAAAUUGACAAUGGAAAUCCAAUAUGCUUCUGUCCAAAGGGAUUGACAGGAAAUCCAUUCAAGAACUGCAUUCCUGAAGGAGAUAAGUGUGAACCAAAUCGAUGUGGGCCAAAUUCAGGUUGCCGUGUUGUAAAUGGCUUACGGCUCUGUUUCUGUCUCCCAGAAUUUGAAGGCAAUCCUCCAUCGAAACCAUGCACUUUACCAUCUAAUCCUUGUGAUCCAUCUCCCUGUGGUCCCAACACUCAGUGUGCCAUCCUGAGCAAUGGAUUUGCUAAAUGCACAUGCCUACCAGGCUUUCUGGAGAGCCCUAACACCAUCAGAGGCUGUGUGAAAAGGCGCAAUCCUUGUGAACCCAAUCCUUGUGGCCAUGGGGCUCUCUGUGAUCCAAACAAGGAACCAGCUUGUUUCUGUCCAGAACCCAGUAUUGGCAAUCCAUACCGGAGCUGUGAAGAACCUGUGAAGUUCCUGUGUGAGCCUGGACCAUGUGGCAAUAAUGCUGACUGUUACAUCUCUGAAAAUCAAGAAACUUGCUAUUGUAAAUCAGGUUACAAAGGUGAUCCGUACUCGGGCUGUGUCUUGGAACCUGCGAAUCCUUGCCUGCCAAACCCAUGUGGGCCCAAUGCUCUUUGUACAGUCUCACCACAGGGUCAUCCCAUGUGUCUAUGCCCUGAUGGACUGUCUGGUGAUCCUACUGGCCCUGCAGGCUGUGGGGGUCCUGAAUGUAGGACAGAUGAUGACUGCUCAGACAAACUUGCCUGCAUUGCAUACAAAUGCCGUGACCCAUGUCCUGGGUCUUGUGGCAUAGGAGCUUCAUGCCGUGUGGAAAAACACCAUCCCGUAUGCACAUGCAACCAUGGUCUAAAUGGAAAUCCUCUGAUACGAUGCUCACCACUGCUAGUUCCACCACCAAGUGAUUCAUGCCACCCAAACCCAUGUGCUGCUAAUGCAUACUGUCAGGUGCUGGGAGGACGAGCAGUGUGUACAUGUAUGGAAGGUUUUGAAGGUGAUCCUUCAGUCGGCUGUCAUCCUGAAUGUGUACUCAACACAGAUUGUCCAUUAGACAAGGCUUGUCUAGACAGAAAGUGCAUAGAUCCGUGUGCUUCUGGUGCUGUUUGUGGCCUGAAAGCCAUCUGUUUGGUUAGAGAUCAUACUGCAACUUGUGCCUGUCCAGAGGGACAUACAGGAGAUGCAUUCAUCCAGUGCAUACCAAGACCUCCAGCUCCAGCAGAUAUGAACAUUACCCGCCCUUGUGCUCCUUCACCAUGUGAUCCAGGCAUUUAUUGCAAUGUAUAUGGAGGGCAUGUAGCUAUGUGUGACCCCUGCAGUGGUCCUAUUAGCAUCAAUAACCUUCUAUGUCGACCUGAAUGUCUUGCUCAUUCAGAUUGCCCAUUCAAUCUUGCAUGUCUUGGGCGUAAGUGCCGUGACCCAUGCCCUGGAUCAUGUGGUGUGAAUGCCAACUGCAUGGUUGUCAACCACAAUCCAGUUUGCAGCUGUCCAACUGGAUUAGUGGGCAAUCCAUUUGAACACUGCUCCACCCCACCACCAAAUGUACCUCAAGAUACAUGUGAGACAGUACAGUGUGGUGCUAAUGCUGUUUGUCUGGAAAAGAAUGCAGUUUUAACAUGUGUGUGCAAGCCUGAAUACUUUGGUAACCCAUACCUGGCAUGUCGGCCAGAGUGUGUUCUCAACUCAGACUGUCCCAGCAACCGUGCCUGUAUCAAUAAUAAAUGUGCAGAUCCAUGUGCAGGAGCAUGUGGUGUUGGUGCCUUGUGUGAUCGUGUGAAUCACAUACCAGUCUGCUACUGCCCACCUGAGAUGACUGGAAAUCCAUUUCUCUCCUGCUAUCCAUUUAGGCCUGAACUUCCUGGGUCAGCAAACCCAUGUGACCCAUCACCAUGUGGUCCAUAUAGCCGAUGUCUUGUAUCACCUCAAGGUUUUGCAGCCUGUUCAUGUCUUCCUGGUUAUCGAGGUGCUCCACCUGUAUGUACUCCUGAGUGUGUUGUAAGCUCUGACUGUCUGCAAACAUUGGCAUGUGUGAACCAGCAUUGUACAGAUCCAUGCCCUGGGACAUGUGGUAUUGGUGCACGCUGUGCUGUCAUAAACCACAAUCCUAUAUGUAGCUGUCCUCCAGGUGAAAUAGGAGAUCCUUUUGUGAGCUGUCAGAAGCCAAAAGAGACAGAAAUACCCAGGGUGCCAGAAAAUUCCUGCAGCCCAUCCCCAUGUGGUCCAAACUCAAUCUGUCAAGUAAAACAAGGUCGACCAGUGUGCUCUUGUGUACCCAACUAUACCGGAAGUCCACCAUUCUGUCGUCCAGAAUGUGUUCUCAAUCAGGAGUGUCCUUGGGACAAGGCUUGCAUCAAUGAGAAGUGUCAGGACCCCUGCACCAACAGUUGUGGAUCCCAUGCAAAAUGUGAUGUUGUCAACCACACACCAUUCUGCAGUUGCUUAGCUGGUUAUGUGGGAGAUGCAUUUGUUGGAUGUUCAAAGAUAGUUAUACCUGAGCCAAAACCACCUUUACCUCUAGACCCAUGCAGUCUCUCUCCAUGUGGAGAGAAUGCCCAGUGUACACCACGAGAUGGUACUGCUCGUUGUACAUGUAUACCACCGUACCAGGGUAACCCAUAUGUGAGCUGUCGACCAGAAUGUGUUAUUAACUCAGACUGUCCAAGUUAUUUAGCUUGUGUGGCACAGAACUGUCGCGAUCCUUGCCAGGGCAUUUGUGGUGUUAAUGCUGAGUGUAAUGUUGUGAACCAUAUUCCAGUGUGUUCAUGUUUACAAGGAUUCAUGGGUGAUCCUUUUAAGUCAUGCAGACAAGAACCACCAAGGCCAUUACCACCGCAGAAUCCUUGUGACCCAUCACCAUGCGGACCAAACAGUGUGUGCCGAGUAACUAAUGGCCUUGCUGUGUGCUCUUGUCAGCCCAAUUUCUUGGGCAGUCCCCCAUCAUGCAGGCCUGAAUGUGUAGUAAGUUCUGAAUGUCCUCAGAACCAAGCUUGCAUCUCACAGAAAUGUCAAGAUCCAUGUCCUGGAACUUGUGGUAUUGAUGCCCGAUGUCAAGUUGUCAAUCACAACCCAAUCUGUAGCUGUCCACCACGUUUUACAGGCGAUCCAUUCGUCCAGUGCCUAAAAGAGGAACCCAGGCCUGCUCCACCAACAAAUCCAUGUGUUCCAUCACCAUGUGGAGCCAAUUCUGACUGCCGAGUGGUGGAUGAGCGACCUGUCUGCUCAUGUCUUACUGGAAUGCUGGGAGCACCACCAAACUGUCGACCAGAGUGUCUUAUUCAUCAAGACUGCCCCACACAUCUUGCAUGUGUCCGCAACAAGUGCCGAGACCCAUGCACUGGCUCAUGUGGCUUCAAUGCAAGGUGCACUGUUCAUAAUCAUCAACCAGUGUGUACAUGUAAUCCAAACUUUGAGGGAGAUCCAUUUUCUGGCUGUAAUCCAGUUCAAGUGAGACCAAUGGAGGCACCCAGACGACCAUGUGAGCCUUCUCCUUGUGGCUCUAAUGCCAUAUGCAGAGAAAGGAAUGGAGCAGGAUCUUGCUCCUGUCAGCCUCAGUAUUUUGGUGAUCCCUACACAGGAUGUCGCCCUGAAUGCAUUCUCAGCUCAGAUUGCGCAAAAGACAGAGCUUGCAUCAACAACAAAUGCAGUGAUCCAUGUCCUGGAACUUGUGGUCUUAAUGCGCAGUGCCGUGUCAUCAACCACAUUCCUUCAUGCAGCUGUUUGCCUGGUUACACGGGCGAUUCUUUACGAUCUUGCUCUCUUAUCCCUGCAACUUCUGUAGCUCCAGCCUGCCCUGCAAACCCUUGUUUGCCAAGCCCAUGUGGUCCUAAUAGCGUGUGCCGAAUUAUAAACAAUCAUGCUGUGUGCUCAUGUCUCCCUGGCUUUGUGGGUUCUCCACCCACAUGCAGGCCUCAGUGUGUUGUGAGCUCUGAGUGCCCACUAAACCAAGCCUGUAUCAACCAGAAAUGUCAGGAUCCAUGUCCGGGCACAUGUGGUGUCAAUGCUCGCUGUCAAGUUGUGAACCACAAUCCAGUCUGUAGCUGUGCUCCUGGCUUUACUGGUGAUCCUUUUUCGAGAUGUCUGAUACAAGAAAAAUCUCCUGAACUUCCGAGUGGUAACCCUUGCGUGCCUUCACCUUGUGGGCCCAAUUCACAGUGUCGUGCUGUUGCCAACACACCAGCAUGCACAUGCUUACCCAACUAUGUGGGCCGAGCUCCAAACUGUCGACCUGAGUGCACUAUCAAUGCAGAAUGCCCUAGCAACUUGGCUUGUCAGAAGGAACGUUGUAGGGAUCCGUGCCCAGGAUCUUGUGGGCCGAGAGCAAUCUGUCGAGUAGUGAACCAUGGGCCAGUAUGCACAUGUUUGCCUGGACUUACAGGUGACCCAUUCUCAGGCUGUUCUCCUGUUCCAGCAAUGGUUGAGGGUCCCCGAGAUCCUUGUAAUCCGUCACCAUGUGGUGCAAAUGCUGUAUGCAAAGAACGUAAUGGUGCCGGGUCUUGCACGUGCUUACCAGAAUAUUCAGGAGAUCCGUACACUGGCUGUCGACCAGAGUGCGUUCUUAACACUGAUUGCAAUAGAGCAAGAGCUUGUGUCAGGAACAAGUGUGUGGAUCCGUGUCCAGGUGCAUGUGGUCUCAAUGCAGAGUGUCGUGUUGUGAAUCAUGCUCCUUCCUGCAGCUGUCUGCCUGGUUAUACAGGCAACCCUCUUAGCACCUGCAAUCUUCCGCCUGCUGCUCCUCCAGAAGCUCCAAAGAACCCUUGUCAGCCUUCGCCAUGUGGACCAUUCAGUCUGUGUCGUGUUGUUAACGGGCACCCUGUGUGCUCUUGCCAAGCUAACUUUAUUGGCACACCUCCAUCCUGCAGACCAGAGUGUGUAGUGAGUGCAGACUGUGCCCAAGAUCGAGCAUGCAUCAACCAAAAAUGCGCAGAUCCAUGUCCAGGCACUUGUGGUCUAAAUGCUCGCUGCCAAGUUGUAAACCACAAUCCUAUAUGUAGCUGCUCCGUGGGCUUUACUGGUGAUCCCUUUGUGAGAUGUGUCAAAAGAAAAAAACCUCCUGUUCAGCCUCCAAGUGGUAAUCCUUGUGUGCCUUCGCCUUGUGGUCCAAACUCUCAAUGUCGGGCAGUUGGCAAUACACCUGCUUGCUCAUGCUUGCCAUAUUAUGUGGGCCGAGCACCGAACUGUCGCCCAGAAUGUACAAUCAGUGCUGAAUGCCCCAGUAAUCUGGCAUGUCAGAAUGAGCGUUGUAGGGACCCUUGCCCGGGUUCAUGUGGGGUUCAGGCAACUUGUGUUGUAGUGAAGCAUGCCCCAGUGUGUACAUGCCAGCCAGGAUUUACAGGAGAUCCCUUUGCUGGAUGCUCUCUCAUACCACCUAUGCAGGCUGUUGAGACUCCGCGAGAUCCUUGCAAUCCAUCACCAUGUGGUGCAAAUGCUGUAUGCAAGGAACGUAAUGGUGCUGGUGCAUGCACGUGUUUACCAGAAUAUACAGGCGACCCAUAUACAAGUUGUCGACCAGAGUGUGUUCUGAAUACUGAUUGCAAUAGAGCAAGAGCUUGUGUUAGGAACAAGUGUGUGGAUCCCUGUCCAGGCACCUGUGGUCUCAAUGCAGAGUGUCGUGUUGUGAAUCAUGCUCCCUCCUGUAGCUGCAGACCUGGCUAUACUGGCAACCCUCUCAGUUCUUGCAAUCUUCCUCCACCUACUCCAACACAGCUGCCUAAGAAGGAUCCAUGCAAGCCUUCUCCAUGCGGACCAUUCAGUCAGUGCCGUGUUGUGAAUGGUCAUGCAGUUUGCUCUUGUCAGGCUAAUUACAUAGGAACACCUCCAAGUUGCAAGCCUGAAUGUGUUGUCAGCACUGAAUGUGCUCAGGAUAAAGCAUGUGUCAAUCAAAAAUGUGUGGAUCCAUGUCCAGGCACUUGUGGUCUUAAUGCUCGCUGUCAAGUUGUGAAUCACAACCCUAUCUGUACCUGUACUAUCGGCUUCAUUGGUGAUCCUUUCGUCAGAUGUCUUCAAGAAAAACCUCCUGUUCAACCUCCAAGUGGCAAUCUUUGUGUGCCUUCACCUUGUGGUCCCAAUUCUCAGUGCUAUGUGGCUGGCAAUACACCUGCUUGCUCAUGCUUGCCACACUAUGUGGGCCGAGCCCCAAACUGUCGCCCCGAAUGUACUAUUAAUGCUGAAUGCCCAAGCAAUCUGGCAUGUCAAAAUAAGCGUUGUAGGGAUCCUUGCCCAGGUUCAUGUGGGGUUCAAGCAACCUGUGUUGUUGUGAAGCAUGCCCCAUUGUGCACAUGUCAGCCAGGAUAUACAGGCGAUCCUUUCACUGGAUGCUCUCUAAUACCACCUGUUCAGCCAGUUGAGUCUCCACUUGAUCCUUGCAAUCCAUCACCAUGUGGUGCAAAUGCUGUAUGCAAAGAACGUAAUGGUGCUGGGUCAUGCACCUGUCUUCCUGAAUAUACGGGUGAUCCGUAUUCAAGCUGUCGACCUGAGUGUGUUCUCAACACAGAUUGUGACAAAGCAAAAGCAUGUGUGCGAAACAAAUGUGUGGACCCAUGCCCAGGCACCUGUGGUCUCAAUGCUGAAUGUCGUGUUGUGAAUCAUGCUCCUUCCUGCAGUUGUCUACCUGGCUAUACUGGCAACCCUCUCAGUUCUUGCCAUCUUCCUCCAGCUAAGCAGCCUACAAAGGACCCAUGCAAGCCUUCUCCUUGCGGACCAUUCAGUCAGUGCCGUGUGGUGAAUGGUCAUGCAGUUUGCUCUUGUCAGGCUAAUUACAUAGGAACACCUCCGAGUUGCAAACCUGAAUGUGUUGUGAGCACUGAAUGUCCUCAAGACAGGGCAUGUGUCAACCAGAAAUGUGUGGACCCUUGUCCAGGCACUUGUGGUCUUAAUGCUCGGUGUCAAGUUGUAAACCACAACCCAAUUUGUAGUUGUAACCCUGGCUUCACUGGUGAUCCCUUUACAAGAUGUCUAAAGAUUUUUCUAGAACCUCCUGUUCAGCAGCCACCAAGUGGAAAUCCUUGUGUGCCUUCACCUUGCGGGCCCAACUCUCAGUGUCGUGCUAUUGGAAAUACUCCAGCAUGCUCUUGCUUGCCAAAUUUCUUGGGCCGAGCACCAAACUGUCGACCAGAGUGUACAAUCAGUGCUGAGUGCCCUGGCAACUUAGCAUGUCAGAAUGAACGAUGUAUAGAUCCCUGUCCUGGAUCAUGUGGCUCCCAUACCACCUGUGUUGUUGUUAAACAUGCCCCAAUGUGCUAUUGUGAGACGGGAUACACUGGUGAUCCGUUCACAGGAUGCUCACAGAUUCAGCAAACUCCUACUCCAACUGAAGGACCUGGAAAUCCUUGCAAUCCAUCACCAUGUGGUGCUAAUGCAGUGUGCAAGGAACGAAAUGGUGCUGGGUCUUGUGUAUGCCUCCCAGAAUAUUUUGGAGACCCAUACACUGGCUGUAGGCCAGAAUGUGUUAUCAAUUCAGACUGUGAUCGCACCAAAGCAUGCUUAAACAACAAGUGCUAUGAUCCCUGUCCUGGAACAUGUGGUCUGAAUGCUGAAUGUCGUGUGGUGAACCAUGCUCCAUCCUGCACGUGUAUAGUGGGCUACACUGGAGAUCCUCUCUCUGCCUGUGUGCCCAUUCAGCCUAUGGUUCCUGAACCUCCUCAGAAUCCAUGUGAUCCGUCUCCAUGUGGACCCAACAGUCAGUGUCGGUUGGUGAAUCAACAUGCUGUGUGUUCUUGCUCUCCUGGUUUUGUUGGAAAUCCACCUUCAUGUAGACCAGAAUGUGUUGUUAGUUCUGAGUGCCCACAGAAUCAGGCAUGUGUCAAUCAGAAAUGUGUUGACCCAUGUCCUGGCACGUGUGGUCGUAAUGCUCGCUGUCAAGUUGUGAACCACAAUCCAAUCUGUAGCUGCUCUCCUGGCUUUACUGGAGAUCCUUUUACAAGAUGUGUGAUGCAAGCAACAACUACUCCUGCUCCUGUUGGAAAUCCUUGUAAUCCUUCGCCCUGUGGGCCCAAUUCACAAUGUAAGGUGAUUGGAACACAACCAGCAUGCUCUUGCCUGCCAAAUUAUGUGGGACGAGCUCCAAAUUGUCGCCCAGAAUGCACGCUUGAUGCGGAAUGCCCCAGCAAUCUAGCCUGCCAGAACGAACGCUGCAGAGACCCAUGCUCAGGUGCCUGUGGCUCCCUUGCACAGUGCACAGUUGUGAAUCAUUGUGCAGUAUGUACAUGCCCCCAGGGCUACACGGGCAAUCCUAAUUCAGCCUGCUUUCUGGCACCACCACCAUCCACAGUACCAACGCCACCAGCGAACCCUUGCUUCCCCUCUCCAUGUGGGCCAAAUGCUGAAUGUCGAGAGAGGAAUGGUGCAGGAUCUUGCACCUGCCUGCCUGGCUAUGAAGGUGAUCCAUAUGAUCAGAGAGGUUGUAGGCGUGAGUGUGAAGUCAACUCAGACUGCACACAAGUGUUGGCAUGCAUCACAUUCAAGUGCAUGGAUCCAUGUCCAGGAACAUGUGGUUCUGGAGCUCAGUGCAGUGUAUUGAAUCACAUUCCAACAUGCACAUGUCCACCACAAUUUACUGGGGACCCUUUCUUCCAGUGUCGAGCAGUACCACCAACACCUCCGACACCACCUCAGGAUCCAUGUUCCCCUUCACCUUGUGGCCCCAAUAGUCAGUGCCGUGUGGUGAACCAGCAAGCUGUGUGCUCAUGUCAGCAGAACUAUGUUGGCUCUCCCCCACAGUGCAGACCUGAGUGUGUGGUCAGCUCUGAGUGCCCUCAGGAUAGAGCCUGUGUGAAUCUCAAGUGUGCUGAUCCCUGCCCUAACACUUGUGGCAUUGGUGCACAGUGUACCACAAAGAACCACAACCCCAUCUGUGCUUGCCCUCCUGGCUUUACAGGAGAUCCAUUCAGUCAGUGCACACCACAACCAAAACCGCCUGUACCAGAGCCCACUCCAGCUCCGCCUUCAUGCUUCCCAUCACCGUGUGGUCCCAAUUCACAGUGCCAAAUUGUGGCUGGGAACCCAGCCUGCUCAUGCUUGCCUGGUUACAUUGGAGCACCACCCAGUUGUCGUCCAGAAUGUGUUCUGAGUGCUGAAUGCUCUAGCCAGUUGGCAUGUAUCAAUCAGAAAUGUCAAAAUCCCUGCCCUGGUUCUUGUGGCUACAAUGCCAAUUGUCAGGUGCUCAACCAUAUCCCUGUGUGUCGCUGCAAUGAUGGUCACACUGGGGAUCCAUUUACACAGUGCAAUCCCAUUCCAAGUACACCACCACCCCGGACUGAUCCAUGCAACCCAUCACCCUGUGGGCCAAAUGCUGUUUGCAGGUAUGUUUCAAGCAGAAUAUGUAUGCUUCGAGCAGAACAAUAUGAAUCAGGCAGUAUUAUAAGAAGUAAAAUUUGUGAUGAUGAACCACCACCUCGUAUUGACCCAUGCAGACCAUCCCCUUGUGGCCCAAACAGCCAAUGUCGAACAUCAGACAGCCAUGCAGUGUGUUCGUGUCUCCAAGGCUAUGUGGGCACUCCACCAUCAUGUCGUCCUGAGUGUGUUGUGAGUGCAGAAUGCCCUCAGACACGCGCCUGUGUUAAUCAGAAGUGUACUGAUCCAUGCUUGGGCUCAUGUGGUCUUGGAGCUCGAUGCGAAGUAAUCAACCACAGUCCCAUCUGCAGCUGUCGUGAAGGCCAGACUGGAGACCCUUUCCAGAGCUGCUUUGACAUUCAGCCUCCUCCAAGACUGCCUCCAGUACCUGAGAAUCCAUGUGUACCAAAUCCCUGUGGGCCGAAUGCUCAGUGCCAAGUCUCUGGAUCAUCUCCUGCCUGUUCUUGUCUGGAUGGAUAUAUAGGUGCAUCGCCAAAUUGCAGACCUGAAUGUGUCAUCAAUCCUGACUGUCCAAGUCAACAAGCAUGCUUGAACAACAAAUGUCGUGAUCCUUGCCCGGGCUCAUGUGGAACAAAUGCACAAUGUCAGGUUGUCAGCCAUGCUGUGACAUGCUUAUGUUCACCAGGCUUCACUGGCAAUCCCUUCAUACAGUGUGUUGCCCAAAAGAUUGAAGUACCUAACCCAUGCCAGCCUUCACCAUGUGGUGCCAAUGCUGUGUGUACACAACGUAAUGGUGCAGGUGCAUGCAGGUGUAUUCCAGAUUACCAGGGUAACCCUUAUGAAGGUUGUCGUCCAGAAUGUGUGCUCAGCUCUGAUUGUCCCACUAACAGAGCCUGUGUGCGUAAUAAAUGUGUAGAUCCAUGUCCUGGUGUGUGUGGGCAGUUUGCUCAGUGCACUGUUAUAAACCACAUUCCAACAUGCACGUGUAUACAAGGAUAUGUGGGCAACCCAUUUGCAUCAUGCACACCUCAACCCUCACCACCUCCUACUCCACCAACAGUUGUGAACCCAUGCCAGCCAACUCCAUGUGGACCUAACAGCAGAUGUCGAGCUGUGAAUGGGCAAGCUGUGUGUUCAUGUGAAGAUCAGUACAUUGGCUCACCACCAAAUUGUCGUCCUGAAUGUGUAAUCAACAAUGACUGCCCUCAGAAUCGUGCGUGUAAUAAAUUCAAGUGUGCAAACCCAUGUUCUGGAACAUGUGGUGUUGGUGCUCGGUGUGAAGUUAUCAACCACAAUCCUAUCUGCAGCUGUCCAUCAGGCUUUACAGGAGAUCCUUUCACAAGAUGCUACCAAGCACCACCUCCACCUCCACCUCCACCACCAGCACCCAAGCCAGCUGACCCAUGUGUACCUUCACCCUGUGGGCCCAAUUCAGACUGUCGUCCUGUAGGAGACCAACCUGCCUGUACAUGUUUGCAAAACUUCAUUGGAUCACCACCAAAUUGCCGUCCAGAGUGCAUUGUCAAUACUGACUGUGACCCAACAAAAGCUUGCAUUGCCAGCAAGUGUAGAGAUCCAUGCCCAGGAUCAUGCGGAGUGAAUGCGGAAUGUCGUGUUCAGAAUCACAUUCCAAUUUGUACAUGCCUGACUGGAUAUACUGGAGAUCCCUUCACUCAGUGCUCUCUCACCAAAGUUCAGGAACCAUUUGAGACUGAUCCAUGCAAUCCAUCACCAUGUGGUCCCAAUGCACUUUGUAACGCUGGUCAGUGCACAUGCCUACCAAACUACUUUGGAGACCCUUAUGCCAACUGCCGUCCUGAAUGCACAAUGAAUGCUGAAUGUCCAUGGAACAGAGCCUGUAAUAAUCAGCGCUGUAUAGACCCAUGCCCUGGAACCUGUGGACAGGGUGCUCGUUGCGAUGUAGUUAACCAUAUACCAACCUGCAGCUGCCCAGAAGGCAGUACUGGUGAUCCAUUUGCUUCAUGCAGACCUAUACCUCCACCAGUCGUCCCAUCACGACCCUGUGAACCAUCACCCUGUGGACCAAACAGCUUAUGUCGUGUUGUGAACGACCACGCUGUAUGCUCAUGCCAACCUGGACUAGUUGGGAAUCCACCAUCUUGUAGGCCAGAGUGUGUGGUUAGUGCAGAAUGUCCACUAACACAGGCUUGUCUUGCGAGCAAAUGUCGUGAUCCCUGUCCAGGCACAUGUGGUCAGAAUGCUCGUUGUCAAGUUGUCAAUCACAAUCCCAUUUGUAGCUGUGCUGCAGGCAACACUGGAGAUCCAUUUACAAGAUGCUAUGCUGUACCAGUGACGCCAACUGCAGGAGUGCCUCAGAAUCCAUGUCAGCCAUCACCGUGCGGUCCAAAUUCAGAGUGUCAGGUUCGAGGGGAAAACCCCGCCUGUUCGUGUUUACAAAACUAUAUCGGCUCUCCGCCAAACUGUCGACCUGAGUGUACUAUUAAUCCUGAAUGUUCAAGUAAUUUGGCGUGUGUAAAUCAGAAGUGUAGUGAUCCAUGUCCGGGAUCGUGUGGUGCAAAUGCUCGUUGUAAUGUUGUAAAUCAUACACCAGUGUGUAGUUGCAAUCCUGGAUUCACUGGAGAUCCAUUUAGUGGCUGCAUCAUGCAAGCAGAGCCGAUUCCCCAGGAAAGACCAACCCCAUGCAUGCCAUCCCCUUGUGGAUCAAAUGCUGUCUGUAGAGAACAGAAUGGAGCAGGCUCUUGUACCUGCCUUCCUGACUAUAUGGGUAACCCAUAUGAAGGUUGUCGUCCAGAAUGUGUUCUGAACUCUGACUGCCCCUCCGAUCGUGCCUGUAUUCGCAGCAAGUGUCAGGAUCCUUGUCCAGGCACUUGUGGCUCAAACGGAGAUUGCCAGGUGGUGAACCACUUACCAUCUUGCACUUGCCGUCCUGGAUACACUGGAGAUCCGUUUAGGUCUUGUAGACCACAGCUUGUACAGUGUGUGAAGUUAUCAGCCAUAGUCCAAUAUGUAGCUGUCGCCAAGGUUUCACCGGAGAUUCCUUCACUCAAUGCUAUGCUAUUCCAUGUAAGCAGUCUCAUUUCUGUACAACAUCAGAUGAAGUCUUAUUACCCAUACUCAACAGAUCUGAUAUGGUAUCUGAAAUAUAGAGCUAUCACUUCUUUGUAAGAUAAAUGUUUUGAUUGUUGCUGUUUAUCACUUCCCAGAAUCAAAUUACUCACAUAUUUCCUGUGGAUUCAUGCAUUCAAGAAAUGUGUUGUUCUGAAUUUCUUAUAUUAUUACUUCUAU